UUGAAAUUAUAACAAAGUCCCAUGCUUUUCAUGCUUCCAUACUUGUUAAACACAUUUUCUCUUACCUUGCAAAGAGUGUUUGAAGUUGUGCAAGUCAUCACUCUUUGUUCAUUUUCUUUUUCUUAUGCUUUUUUAAAGCCCUUGAAUUUCGUGUGAUCUUAUUGGAUUGGUUGAUAACAUGGUGAGGUCGGCAUGUUAUGAAAAAGAUAGUGUCAAAAUCAAAAGUGGUGUAUGGAUCGCAGAAGAAGAUACAAAGACACCUACAUUUGUUCUGGAGCAUGGAUCUAGUAAUUGGACUUCUAUCCCCAAAAAAACAGGUGUUAAGAGGUGUGGAAAAAGUUGCAGGCUACGCUGGAAUAACUACAUGCCUGAUCUUAAACAUGAUAACUUCACGUCCCAAGAAGAAGAUCUAAUCAUUAAGCUUCACGCAGCCAUAGGUAGCAGGUGGUCUAUAAUAGCUCAACAACUUCCUGGGAGAACAGACAAUGAUGUAAAGAACAAUUGGAACACAAAGCUGAAAAAGAAGCUCUCUCAAAUGGGGAUAGACCCUGUUACCCACAAGCCAUUCUCCAAACUCAUUGCUGACUAUGGAAAUAUAGGUACUAGUUUCCAUAAACCAACUACACAAAUCGAGGUUGCCAAUAAAGACUUUAGGAAUUAUGCAAUUCUAUUAAAAUCAGAUCCAUAUCAAUUCAACCAACAACAAACAUUGCAAACAACAGGAAAUAGCAGCUUUAUGGUUACCAAAAGUCAUAGUGAUGAUGACUUCUCAAUAGUGAAAGGUGACUCAAAUUGCACAAACAUAAAGAAUGAGACCAAUCCAACACUAGUGGAUGCUUUUCCACCAUUUAGUUGGAAUGAUUUUCUUCUAGAAGAUGCUUUUGCACCACCUACUAACAACCAAGAACAACAAAUUUUGUUUUCAAAGGAGAAUGUAAUGAGCCAAAAUGGGAAAAUGAAAGAGGCCAUGUCGCAUCAAGUUUCAUCAUGCUCAGAUAUUUCAUUUGUAGAAGCUAUACUUGAUCAGGAAAAUGAGAUGUUUCUAAGCUUUCCUCACCUUUUGGAGGAACCAUCUAAUUAUUGAGUUUAAAAUUUCAUAAUAAGGUAUCAAUUGUCACUUAGCUUCUUUCUUCCACCAGCUGUGACAAAUUAGUGAUGAAGUUUCGUGUGUUAGUUUAUGAAGUUUUUAAUACACUAAUCAUGUCAUCUUGUGUACUAUGUUUGAAUUUCCUCCUUAGAAGUUUUUUUUGCUGCUAAUACUUUCGAUGUAUAUGACUAAAAAUAAAUAAUAUAUAUAUAGAGGAUACGUCUUAAUAAUAGAGAAAUAGGUUAUUAAAUGUGUAGUUCACUAGUAAAAGUCCAAGCUGAAGGAGUUUCAUAUAAAGGUUGAGACAUUGAAGGAGUUUCAAACAAAUUCAAAGUUCGAUAUUCAACUGUUAACAAUCCCAGUUAACAAAUAUUUGUUUAUUAAAA